CAAAUUAGCCCUCCACAACAUACGCAGACUCUGCCCGGCACUGGCCACCAUCCUCAUCAACACCUACAGAGAGCCCACAGAUCUUUACGUUGAUGGAGACCGCCUACUCUCCAAAGAAGGCACCACACAAGGUGACCCCCUUGCCAUGCCCAUGUAUGCUCUGGCCAGCAUUCCCCUCAUCACAAAACUCUCUAACACUAACAUCACCCAAAUUUGGUAUGCGGACGAUGCUGCAGCUGCGGGGAAAAUAUCUGACCUACGCGAGUGGUGGGACACCUUAACCAAAGAAGGCCCAGCCUUUGGAUACUACCCGAACCCCCUAAAGACAUGGUUGGUUACUAAGGAGGGAUUCCACACCAUUGGGUCCACUACCUUCCACCAGACUGGUGUGAACGUCACUCCGGAUGGAAGACCCUACCUAGGAUCACCCAUUGGCUCCCCAGGGUACAUGGAGUCCUUUGCUGAGUCUAAAGUUGCCAGCUGGUCUGCACUCGUGACUAACCUUGCAGACAUUGCCACCACCCAGCCACACGCCGCCUACUCUGCAUUAAACCAUGGAUUAUCAAGCAAAUGGACCUAUAAUUAUGUGUCGCACAACACCAAGCAGGAUCAUGAGUCAAAGACUGGCACCGCUGGACGAAGCUCUGCGUAAGAAAUUAAUUCCUUCCCUCACAGGUACUCCUCCACCAAACGACACUGAAUAUACACUCUUUGCCCUUCCAGCAAGGGAAGGUGGACUAGGUAUCCGUAUACCAUCCAAACAGGCUACUCAUGAAUACAAUGCCUCCCUAUUCGUCACAUCUGCCCUCUGUAAUCACAUCAUCAAACAAGACACACACUAUGGGCAGGAGAUCAUCUCGGAGUCACUAAUGGCCAAAUCUACCGUAGGCCAACAAAACAGAGAUAGAACCAAGAACGACAUCAACACACUGACGCCACUACUCUCUACCAACAUGCAAAGAUCUGUCAAUCUGUCUAAAGAGAAGGGUGCAUCGUCAUGGCUAACCACCCUACCGCUCAAAACCCAUGGUUUCACCCUCCACAAACAAGCCUUUAGAGACGCCCUAUCUCUGCGUUAUGGUUGGACUCCAAACAAGCUACCCUCGAAAUGUGCCUGUGGUUCUUCCUUCACAGUAGAACACGCUCUCUCUUGUGCGAAGGGCGGCUUUCCGUCCAUUCGGCAUAAUGAGAUCAGAGACUUGACUGCAGAUCUUCUUAGUGAGGUCUGCAACAACGUGUGCACAGAACCAGAACUGUUACCGGUUACAGGGGAGAACCUAGCAGGAGCAAGUGCCAAUAUACAACCGGGUGCACGCCUAGACAUUGCAGCCAAUGGAGUAUGGGGUGGCUCCUUUGAAAGAACUUAUUUUGAUGUCAGGGUAUUUAACCCACACGCUGCAUCCAACAGACACACCGACCCUCAAACAGUCUACCGCAAGCAUGAGCAAAUAAAGAAAAGGGCCUAUGAACAAAGAAUUUUAGACAUCGAACAGGCAUCCUUUUCCUCAUUAGUCCUCUCUGCAACAGGAGGCUUAGCUCGUGAAGCAACCACCUUCUACAAGAGACUCGCUUCGAUGUUAGCAUCUAAAUGGGACCAAUCAUACAGCAGCACACUAUGCUGGCUCCGUUGCCGACUAACCUUUUCCCUCCUUCGCUCAUCGAUCCAAGCCAUCAGAGGGUCCAGAUCGUCAAGUGGACACCCCUUUAGAUCUGGGGCCAUCGACCUGGUGAUCUCGGAGACCCACCUCCACCAAUAAACUGAACCUUUGUAUGUACCCUUAAUCCUCUUUAUUUUCUGUACCCUCCACCUUUCAUUGUGUCUACAUAGAA